ACAAGUAGAAAUAUACGGUCCACAAUUGAUCACUACGGUGCACGCGACCGCAGACAAUAACAACCUCUAUUUAGAAUCUGUUUACUCAACUUCUCCUCCACUUUCUCGAACUUCUUCACUCCCAAACUCUCUGAAAACUAGGCAGAGAGAUCGAUAAACUAGAACACUCCGGCGAAAAAUUUUCCGGUGAAGGUUUGAAAUUGCCGUGUGGGUGGAAUGAGCGUGGGAAGCGUAGUUUAUCAAGUGCCGGCACCGGUAAACGACGGCGGUUCGGGGAAGACUCCGUUGCAAUUAGCCCUGGAGGUGAAUGCGUGCCGUGUGAUUGCUGUUGCGGAGCAGCUUAACAUGUGCGCACAAACUUCCGAAGACCCUAAAAAAUUUCAUCAUCUUUGUCUUGCUCUUUCCAGAAGGCUGGACAAUUUGGUCGAUGAAGCUCUUCGACAUAACCAGGAUUUUCAAGGAGGCAAUAGCCCGCAUGCUUUAAGGGGAAUAGACUAUGGGCUUGCAAACAGCGAGGUGCCAGCCCAUGCGUCAAAGUUGCCUCCAGUUUUGAAAAAGGUGUGUAGCCGAAAAGACGAAAUCUUUCUGCAAGCAUCUAUCAUGGUGCUUAUGAUCUCUGUCAAGAAUGCUUGCAAACUCGGAUGGUUCAGUGCCCAGGAUACGGAAGAACUUCUGACUCUUGCGGAUGAGGUUGCAAGCUUCUUCGUGACCAAAAAAGACGUUAACACUGAAGUGUGUAAUUUUCUGCCAACUGUUUCUACCAUAAUGUCCAGGUAUUAUCCACGAUUUAAAUUAGGCCAUGUUAUUGCGUCUCUUGAAGUUGAGCCAGGAUAUGGGACUCACUUGGUUGAUUUUCACAUCUCCAAGGACAUAAUAAUCGCGAAAGAAGAGAAAAUAUAUUUGUUCGUGGCUAUGAAAGACAACAUAGACACAUCAUCUUGUAUUGUUACCCCUCGACAGGUGAAUAUCUUGCUCAAUGGCAAUGCUGUGGAUCAUAGAAGCAGUUCGUCGAUGGAUCACGGGCCUCAGCUUCCAACUAUAGUCAAUAGUUCUCUAAAAUAUGGAAUAAAUCUCCUUCAAGUGGUGGGACAAUUCAUUGGUCAUUGCAUUCUCUCCAUUGCUCUUAUGAGUGUCAUACCAUCUUCUGCUCUUCCUGUUCCUCCAGAUUAUGAUCAGCCCGCAUCUGCUGCAUUAAGCUCAGAUUCUGAGAUUAUUGAAGGGCCAUCCCGGGUUAGUCUUAACUGCCCUAUAAGUAAAACACGCAUCAAAAAGCCAGUGAAAGGAAACUCUUGCAAGCACUACCAGUGUUUUGACUUCAGCAACUAUGUCGAGAUCAUGUCAAAACGACCAUCCUGGCGGUGUCCAAGCUGUAAUCAAACUGUGUGCUUCACUGAUCUUCGUGUUGAUCAGAAGAUGGUCAAGGUCCUACAAGAGGUAGGGGAGAAUAUUUCUGAGGUAAUUCUAUCUGUAGAUGGUUCAUGGACAGCUGUUUCCAACCAUAAACGUAAAGACGUAUCACCCGAUAAUACAUCAGCUAACCAGCAGGAGGGUCAUGAGCUGGAUUCAUCUUCUGAUAUUCUGGAAGCUUGCAAUAUGUAUGAUCUAACUGGUGAAGAUGAUGAUAUGGAGAUUGCUGAUCGGUGUGAGCCAAUAGAUGUAAAACCUGUAAUCCAGCAUAAUAUUCAGGGCCCAUGUGCUCCUUCAAAUAUAACCCUACCACCAGUAUCUAGAUGUACCACAGAAUUGAAUCAAUAUUCUUCUGCACAAACUACGCAUAGUCCAUCUCUUGGGGCAGGGUUAAAUUCUAGCUCUAUUGGUUUUAACAUCAGGCCUCAAGCACAUUUUGGUGGCGUUUCAGGUACCUCAACUGGUAAUUAUGGGAUGACUCCUGUGUUGACAGAUGCUGUUACUCCUGCGCUAAAUCGACAGACUGAUAACUUUCAAGGGACUAAUUGUCCAGCAAAUUCAAUGUAUAAUAAUUUGCAGUUGCAAGACGUAUAUUCGCAGGAACUUCUGAAUAGUUUUCUUUCAAUACCCAGAAAUGUUAGGAGGGAUCCAUCUGCUAUCCAGGCUCUUCCAGUACCCCAGAUCCCUUCUAAUCCACUGCAGCAUGCAAGACCUAAUGUGAGAUUCCCUGCAGCAAGCGUGUCCUCUGUUCCUUUCCAGGGGCCUGUUGGGUCAAAUGGACACGGUUCUAGCCCUUUUGGUAAUACUAUUGAAAGGCAGCGGACUCAUCUUCAAUCACAAGCCAGGUCUCUUCAUCUGUCAAACAGUACACUACCAAACCAUUCAGCUUCCUCAGGAAUGCAUCAUAUGUUGAGCCAGCCACAACAUCUAAUGCAUAAUAGGCAGCCACCUCAUCUAGCGCGGACAUCACUUCCUCGCAAUGAUCUUCAGCAUGGAGCUCCCCCCAGAGCCGGGCUUACCAACUCACCGAGUACUGUCCAACGUGUUCAGCUGCCUCCACAGGCUUCGCUUGGGAGACAGCUGCAAAGCAUGCCUCUCCAUACACAGGCGGUCAGGAUGCCAUCCUCCUUGCCCCAGCAUUCGGGAGUAACACCUCAGGUUGUCAAUAGGCCUGAAAACUCGAUCGAUUUUCAAUCAGAGCAAAAUUGGAGACCCAGUGGUCGAAUGCGAGGUGCACUCACGGGGGAAGCUUAUUCUCAUGCUUUGAGCCAAUACAUGGGUCAAGUGACUCAGGUCGCACAACCAGCUCAAACUCCUAUGCCUAGACCAUCUGUGUUAGCAGCAUCUUCAUUGCCACCUAGCCUUCAAGUCCAGAUGGCCAAUAGAAGGAUAGCCUCUGAGCUGCAAGAUCGAUCAGCAACCAUUGCUGCAACUAUCUCUGGAACUGUUGGUACGCAGGCAGAAACAUCUCGUGGGCUCAAUUAAUCUGACAUAACGUUUGCAGUAUUCAUUUUGUGGAGGCUGUAUAUGAAGAUAAUUUAUAUUCUACGGUUAGUUGAUCCCUGGUGGGGGCGUGGUGAAAUAUGUUGCUAUGUCGUAAUUUUGUGUAUUUCUUGCUGGCUACUACGCUUGACAAAGGCUGACCCAGAAGAUAGAUUUCCUUUAUGAAUACUCGGUGUCCUAGUGAAUCCUAAGUUAUAGCGAUGUAUAUUUUAGUUAUAUGUACAGUAAUGAAAGCAAAUUAGUUUUGUUUUUAUGGUUCUCCAAACAAAUACUUGUUAAAACAACCUUAAGUACACAGGAAAAUAUUUCAGAUCA